UAAUAAAUUUCGCUUUUCUGGAAUCAUCUUAGUGCUGUUUGGUUGUCUGGGGGCCUUCACACUCGCUGUGAGCCAACGCAACCUGUCCCUCCGCCUGUACAACGCGAUGAUCGGGAGCGUCCUAGGCUGUCCUGUGGUCUUCUUUGAUGCCACCCCGAGGGGCCGUGUGCUCAACCGCCUUUCCACUGAACUGGACGCCAUCGACUCGCGUCUUUUUGUGGGCUGCAAGCAGCUGCUGCAGUCGCUCACUGCAGCGAUCGCCAGGAUCAUCGUGACAGGACUCCAGGUGCCAACGGCAGCAGUUCUGGCAGCUUUGGCUGUCACAAUCUACUUAUUUGCAAUGGUGGUUCUGGCCAAAGCCUCGAAUAUGGCGCGCCGGUUUGAAAGCGUACACGUGGCACGGCUCCUACAACACGUGGCUGAGACACGUGACACGCUCAGCGUGAUCCGUUCCUACGGCGUCGAGGAUCGCUUCUGCGCACAUUGCUACCGACUCGUGGACGCAGCGAUGACGGCCUUGCUGACGCUAGUGGGCUGCCUCCGGUGCUCCCGUUUUAUCGGUGGCUUGUGUGGCUUUGUUGUCAUCCUGGCAUCCGUCGUGUUUGCCAUUCUUCCGCCGGGACGAAUCCAGAACGUUGCAGCGGAUGGAAGCUCUGUUGGGCUUGUUCUUAGUUCGUCUAUGGGAGUGAGUUGUUGCUUUUUUUUUAUUUCUUCUUGUAUUUGGUGGUAUGCUCAAGCAUGUAUUGCUCUCCCUGCGUAAUACUGCAGGCACAGUUGGGCACAGAGCUGAGGCUGGUCAUGCGCUGCUAUAGACUUACGCACGUUUUAAGGACCUGCGGUGGCCGCAGAACGCAUUAUUGACCCGCGAUGGUGGAAGCCACUACUGGUUGUGCCAAAACGGGCCACUACGACCGAAG